AUGCAUCAAGUUUCGGUAAUCAAACCAAUGAGUAACGAUGAGUUACCAAAUGAUUUUUAUCGACAUUGCAAUAGUGGAAACGUGGAGCAUGUUCAUGAUGCGAUUAUGAACAAUGUGAAUAUUUAUCAAACGUUCUCUGACAUGAAAUUAACACCGCUGCUUUUCGCACUUCAUACGAAGAAGGAACAUUUAGUGAAUAUGUUGCUCGACGUUUAUGAACGUGAUCUUGAAGUGUUGAAAGAUACAAACUUCAAUCGAGCAUUCAUGGCAUACGAGUCUGAUUUAAGUGAUGAGUUUUAUGCGUGUUGUGUUGAAAGAUUCUCAUCGGAAGCAGACAUUGAACCAGUCCUCGUCAAAGUAAACAAUCAAGAACUGCCAAAAUGUUUCUACUUUCGUAAACAGCUGCAAAACAAAGAUGAUUCAUGUUUGAGAGUUUUGAGAGACCUUGAACAAAAAAAUGGAUUAUGUGAUCUUAAUUGGAGAUUUAUUUGGCCAUUUCAUCCUGAUGACUACAAACAUGGCGAAUCUUAUCUACAAUUAGCUGCUUAUUUUGGAAUGAUCAACGUUUCCAAGAGACUUUUAACAAACAAAACUGUUGACAAACACAUGAAAAGGUUAAAUUUACUUCCACUCCACUACGCAAUCAAUUCAAAAAGGAUUGAAGUUGUUAAGGCUUUUAUCGAAUAUUAUAAUAAUGAAUUUGUUGAUGAUAAAUCGUUCUUAUGGCAUGCCGUAACAUCACGAAACAGUGAAAUUUACGAAUUCAUCGUUGGUGAAAUGCUGAAAAUUGGAAAUUAUUCAUUGAAGGAAAUUUAUGCAAUCAACUUUGAUGUUCCAAUCGUUUCCAGUAACGUCUUUCAUUUGAUUGCCUUAAACAAAAAUUAUAAAUAUUUUUUAAACCACAAACUUCCGAUUAAUGAAGUUGAUGUGAUUACACAAACCGGAAAAGGAAAUACAAUUCUACACAUUCUAGCAUACAAGAAUGAAUUCAUUUUUUACAAAGAUCAUUUCAUAAAGAUCGCCGAGAAAUUUCCAAAACUUUUAACAAUUCAAAAUGAACGAAAACAUUAUCCAAUUCAUAUUCUUGCUAUGAAUUCAUUUGAAGAUGUUAAAUUGGUUGAGGAUGUUUAUGAAUUGACGAUGAAAGCAACAGGAAAUAGAAAUUUCAUGUUUCAAGACGUGGAACAUUUUGUCGAAUUGCUUACAAGUUUAAUAGGAAGAACGAACAAAAAAGUAUUGAAAUUCUUUAUCGACAAUUCAUGCCAAUUGAAUAUUAUUGAGGAUUAUGGAAAUCGAUUAUUACACUACGCUAUCAGAUGUUGUCAAUCGAAUUUUGAAUGCUUUAAAUUUCUUCUUGAGUGUGAACCAAAAAUCGAUCCAAACGUUUUUUAUGAUGGUUCAAAUGCAUUCAUGUGUUGCCUUGCUGUACCUAAUUUUAAUUUCCAAGUAUCUUGUGAAAUGUCUAUGUUUGACGCUUUAACAAAACACUGCGCGAUAAAUGAUGUAAAUGUGGUUGAUACGGGUGGAAUAUCGCUAAUCAUGUAUGUAGCAUCAUUCUGCGAAGAUUUAAAUUUGAUAAAGAAACUAAUUGACAUGGGGGCUGAUUCAUCAUUCUGUGAAGAUUUAAAUUUGAUAAAGAAAUUAAUUGACAUGGGGGCUGACUGUAAAAAAGUUUCUAACGAUGGACGAACAAUUUUUCAUUUUGCAACAUCAAAUCAAAAGAAUGAAGAAAUUUUUCCAUUUUUAUUAGAACAAGGAAUUGAUCCAAAAAUUGUCGACAUCAAAGGAGACAAAGCAAUUACUUUAGCUACAAGAAACAGAAACAACAUUGCAUUUCAAUUUCUAUUACAAUUUGAAACUGAUGAUGAACUUAGUGAGAAGUUUGGAAGAGAAAAGCAAACACUUCUUCAUAUUACAUCUCAAGGUUAUGAUGGUUUGAAUUUGGAAUUACUUUUAGACAGAAAUUUAUGUUUCGAUGCUAUCGAUAACAAUGGAAAUCAUUUUAUUCAUCAGAUGCUUCAGAGACGACCACAUUUUGCAAUGUCGACUCUUCAAAAGAUGAAAGCAAGGAAAAUUCUAAUAAGACUUAAUAUGAAGAAUAACGAUGGAGAUUCUCUCUUUAGUCUUGCUGCUCGUGAAGGUCUUGAUGAAGUUCUAAAGUUUUUCCUUGAAAAUUAUUACGACGAAAUCGAUUUCAGGAUUGUAAACAAACGCAAACAAAAUUUAACUCAUCAAAUGUGUUAUUCUCGGAAUGUUGUGCGUUUUCAUGAACUUUUAUUGGAAUAUCCAAUACUUCAGGAAGUUAUGAAUGAACAGAUGGGACAACGAGAUGACAACGGAUCAACACCAUUGGACUUUAUGAUUCCAUCACCUCUUUUGAUUGUCGAAUCGUGCGUUGCUGAUUUUCUUAUACAGUUCGUCAGCAUGCAAAACCUACAAAAAUUUUCUUAUAUGUUCGUAAAGGAUUUAAAAGUAAUUGAAAGGAUUUUAGAAAAUUUGCCAUCAUUUUUUGAAGAUUUCGAGGAACAAGAAAGAUUUUUAGAGGCUUUAAUAGCAUCACCGGACGAUGAAAUUACGUUCAAUUUUGUUGUUCAUCGAAUUUCAAUGGAAAAAGUUUUAUCAAAUUGGAAAGGCGGUAAAAACAUCUUGCAUUUAUUAGCGGAGAAAAACAACAAAGAAUUGAUUGAUUCUCUAUUAAAACGAUUGAAUUCUGAUCAACUGAACGCUCUUGCAACUCAAAUUGAUGGCCAUGGAAAAACACCAAAAGAUUUAUUGAACGAUGACAAUAAAAUGAUGUUUGAGAAAUGUUUCUGA